GGGUGGGCUUUAGCAUCCAGGAGAUCACUGAGCUUCAGUCCGACCUGUCACAAACAACAAAGUCAUCAACGAUGGUGAAGGCUGUGCUUUCUGCUGUUUUGGUGUUGGCGAUCAUUUCCUCCACCAUUGCCAAAUACAUCCCGAAGACUGGGAAGAGGAUCCCACAGACUCUGUCAAGAGGAUGGGGUGACCAGUUGAUCUGGGCUCAGACAUAUGAGGAGGCUCUCUACUGGUCAAGGUCAAGGAACAAGCCUCUGAUGGUCAUAUUUCACCUUGAGGACUGUCCACACAGCCAAGCACUGAAGAAGGUUUUUUCUGAAAACAAUGAGAUCCAGAAAACUCUUGAUGAGGAUUUCAUCGUUCUCAAUCUCAUGGUAGAAACAAGCAUACUAUAUAUGAAACACUUAUUUCUUGACUAGUUGCACUUAUCCAGGGCUCGUCUCUCCACAGACCCCUCCAUGACAGUGAGGGCUGACAUCAACGGACGCUACUCUAACCGCAUGUACGCCUAUGAAACGGGUGACAUCAGCCUCUUGAUAAGCAACAUGCAGACAGCUAAGAAGCUCCUGAAGGCUGAACUGUGAGGACCCGGACUCCACCCAGUCUGUCACCACUGAUCAUAUGAUUUUCAUCCUAAAUAAAAUGUACUGAUUCUUACAAUUUGUGAAGCUAAUUGACUGGACAUAUAAUUGACUUAUGUUGAUCACAUAUACUGUAAUAUGAAUUAAUUCUUUUGUUUGUCAAUACAACACAUUAAAACAAAAAA